ACAUUCUGUCUUGGAGUCUUGGUGUGUGGGGAAUCAGACAUCCAUGGAGCUCACAACAGCACUGAGUCAGUUCACAGACAAUUACUUCAAUCAGACCAAUAAGAAUCACUCAAUGGAGGCUUGUUCCCGAGACAGCGCUCUGAAGAUGACAGUGUUUCCCAUUCUGUACACCAUUCUCUUCAUCCUGGGCUUCUCUCUGAAUAGUCUGGCAGCAUGGGUGUUCCUACGAAUCCCCAGCAAAUCACACUUCAUCAUCUACCUGAAAAACAUUGUGGUGGCCGAUAUCAUCAUGACGCUCACCUUCCCCUUCAAGAUCCUUGCAGACUCAAACUUAGCAUCGGUCAGCGAGCGUGUUUUCGUCUGUCGUGUGUCGUCCGUGCUCUUUUACCUCACAAUGUACAUCAGCAUCCUGUUCUUUGGCUUGAUCAGUAUCGACCGCUGUAGAAAGACCAUGUGGCCCUUUGUAGGCACCAGCCCUAGACGCCUAUUCCACAGAAAGCUUCUCUCUGGCUUCAUCUGGAUGUCACUGUUGGCUCUUUCAUUACCCAACGUCAUCCUAACUAGCCGUCCGAACAUUUCAGCUCACUUUAAGUGUAGCGAUCUAAAGACAAAGUUGGGACUGCAGUGGCACGAAGUUGUCAACCACAUCUGCCAGGUGAUAUUCUGGGGAAAUCUAGUAACUGUGAUAAUAUGUUACACACUCAUCUCAAAGGAGCUCUACAAGUCAUACGCCCGGACGCGAGCUCAACACAUGGUGACACAAGGAAACCCAAGAAGAGCUAUUUCUCAGAUGAAACAGCCAAACAAGAAAAACAUACAGGCCAAUGUGUUUCUGGUGUUGGCGGUCUUCUUCAUUUGCUUUGUACCCUUUCACUUCGCCCGAGUUCCAUACACUAUCAGUCAGACGCGUGGACGCAUGUUUAACUGCCCGCAGAAGUUAUUUUUCUUCCAGUUGAAGGAGAGCACACUGUGGCUUUCCUCGCUUAAUUCAGUGCUCGAUCCACUCAUUUACUUCUUCCUCUGUAAGUCCUUCAGGAGCUCCCUGUUUAACACCCUGCGUCUUUCUCCUGGACGCUGCAGGGCAUUGCGGGAGCUUGGGACAGAUACACCGCUGGGCAGCACACAGCCAUAAUGGAGAAAUUACUGUGACAAUGAGUAAAUUACAUUUAUAUAAAAGUACCAAAAAGUGCAGUGUUGCUACCAUGAUUUUUUAGCUUGGUAAUAUUGUACUACAAAGGUGUUUUGUUUAUGUACUAUGGUAAUAUCAUGUUUUUUUGACACAUAUAAUUUGAAUACCAUGGUAUUAAUGUCUUAUACUAUAACCGUGCCAUAGUUCCAACUAGGGGUUGCAUGACUACUGGUUUUUUAAUAGUCAACUAGUAAAACCCACAAGUUGAGUCAAGUUUAACUUGUCAUGAUGUCAUUCCACAAAUGCAGAUCUGACCAAUUCUUUUGUUGACAAGUGAAAACUGUUCCGUUGAUCUGUUUCUCACACAAAGCAAUCAUAUUGCUUUAGAAGACAUUAAUUUAAUCACUGGAGUCCCAUGUAUUACUUUUACUAUGAUUGCAUGAGCUUUUUGAAGCAUUAAAGAUCUGA